CUGUACCUGCUUAUAUAAUAACAUUAUUAAAAAAAACCGUGAAGAGAACUGCUGCCUAUGACUGUUGUGUGACUGUUUAGUGCGUGUACGCGACCCUCAGACCUCAGUUGGUACUCGCACGUUUUAAGUGUAGUACCUAACUACCUGUACGAUAUUCUUACUAAAAUUGAAAUUACCAAAAGUAUACAUUUUUACAUCAAUAAAUACUAAUAUUCCAUCGAAUCUCGACAGGUUAUACCAUUAAACAUUGGCUCACGGCGAUACUACUGUCAUUAUCAAAAUAAGAAAUGGCUGAUCAAAUGGAUAAUCUAAAGGAUAUAAUGGCUCUUUUGGUAGAAAUAUUGGUAUUAAUAAUCAAAAGCUUUUUUUAUAUGGUCGAAUCUGUCUAUCGCAGGAUAAAUCCACAGCCCGAAAAAUCAAUAACCGAUGAUAUCGUUUUGAUAACAGGCACAGGACACGGAAUUGGCAAAGCGUUGGCAUUACAAUUUGCCGAGUUGUCUGCCAAAGUCGUUUGCGUCGAUAUCAACGAACAAUCAAAUUUAGAGACUGUCAAAGAAAUUAACGCCAAAUCAAAAGCAAAAGCUUAUGCUUACAGAUGUGAUGUAUCGUCAUUGGAAAAUGUAAGAGAACUCGGCGAUAAAGUGAAAAGUGAAGUGGGCACAGUCACGAUACUAGUCAAUAAUGCGGGAAUAAUGCCUUGCAAACCCUUGGAAGCUCACAAUGAGGCGACCAUAAGAAAACUUUUCGACAUAAAUGUGUUCGCUCACUUUUGGAUGCUUGAUACAUUUUUACCUGGUAUGAAAGCUUUGAAAAAAGGACAUGUAGUAAGUUUGUCAUCAAUGGCUGGAAUAAUUGGUUUGCAGAAUUUAGUACCUUACUGCGCAUCUAAAUUCGCCGUGAGAGGACUCAACGAAGCAAUGGUUGACGAAUGCCAAGAAAAUGGUUUCAAAGAUAUAAAAUUCACUUGUAUAUAUCCUUAUAUGGUGGAUACAGGAUUGUGUCAAAAACCUAAAAUUCGGUUUCCAAGUUUACUACCACUAGUCACACCAGAAUCAACUGCUAAAGAGAUAAUAUCGGCGGUUCGAAGGGACUAUCUUGAAACAACAAUUCCUAGUUCGUUACUACUAAUAAACAACAUAUUUAGGUGUGUACCAGUGAAAAUGGCUUUUGACUUUAAAGAAUUUAUGGGAGGAGGUGUGGACGCUCAUGAAGAUUGAUUCACCUACUAAAAAUGUUGUUUAUAUAUUGGUUAUUGUUAAACAUAAUCAAUAAUUAUUAAUUAAGUUAAUUAGUAAUAAUUAGUUAGUUUAUAAUAAUAACGUUGUUAUUAUGAAUUUUUUUCAUGUGUAUCAUUAAUACAGCUGGUUAUUGUAAAAUAUAAUAAUUUAUUGUUUUAAUAAUAGUUUUAUAAGAUAUAUAUAUAUAUAAUUAGUUACCUACUAAUUAUUACAUAUUAUAAAAAACUAUUAGAUAUUUAAUUCUUACAAUACAGCAUCUGGUUGAAAACGAAAAUGCCUACUCAAUAGUUAAGUGUUCACAUGAACUCAACAAAAACCAAAUAACUUUUUAAGUUUUGUAUUUUUCAAUUAUAAGUCUAUUUAAACCAGAAAGUGCAAUUAAGAAGGUAAACCUUAAGUCUGACGACAAUGAAAUAUAAAACGAGAAGAACUUCUAAUUUUAGAAACUUUACUUAUCAACUAUCUACUUAAUUUGACAAUGGCAUAAUUAUGAUUUAAACAUAGUAAACUGUAAAAUGAUAUGUACUUCAAAACGCCAACUUUGUUUAUUAUUUUCUUUACAUUUGAAUUAGUUUUGACUAAUAUUAUAAUUAUCAUGCACUUUUAUUUUAUGGAAUAUUGUAAAAUAAUAAUUAAAAACUAUAUUAAUUUAAUAUAAUUACAAUAAUUAUUAAUAAAUUAAUUUUUAUUAUCCAUUGUGUAAUUGAAGUAGUUAUUUUUUUUAAAUUUCUUAGUCAAACUAGUUUAUUAAUAACAAUUCAAUUUUGAAAAUUGAAAAUUCUUACAAAAAAUACACAGGAUAAAAACGAAAAUUCCCUUGGUUUGAACAAUUUAAACUAAUUUAUUAGUUACGUUGCCAUUGGUUCUGCGAAGACUUGCUAUUUGUCACAAUGUGACACUAUGGUCUUUAGCAACACAUUUCACUUUAUUUUAAUUAUUAAAAUUUAUUUUUUUUAAAUAUCCCCCCUAAAAAUAAAAAUUGAGAUUGCUAUAGAAUCGUAAACACAUAUUAAAGAUGUGAUCUUUUUUUUAAUUCACUUAAAAAAAAAAAAACUGGAUCAAUAGGACCACUCUAUACAGUUUCCAACCA